AUGUAUGGCGCGCCGCCGCCCCCGGACGAGCUGCGGCAGGCGCUGCAGCGCCUCCAGCGCGAGAAGGGCGAGGCGGACGGCAUGCUGCAGCUUUUGAGGUCCAAGCUGCACCAGGUGGAGGAGGACAACUUCGAUCUGCACUCCAGCAUGGCGGCGUUCGAGGCCGAGACGCGCUUCGAGAGCGACAAGAAGGAGCGCGAGCUGCGGGCGCAGAUCACGGCGCUCGAGUCCAAGCUCUCCUUCAUGUCCUCGAAGCUGCAGAACGCCGAGCGCGUCAAGCUGCGCGCCAUUAACGAAGUGGAGGAGCUGCAGCAGAAGCAGCUCGUGGAGAGGAAGCGCCGAGACGCCGAGAGACGGCUCAUGGCCACCAAGCGCCGCAAGCACGAAAGCUUCAUGGCCAGCCAGUCCAUGAUGAGUCAAUCCAUGAUGAUGUCUCAGAGUCAGAGGCAGUCGCAACAGUUCGCCAAGCCACCGCCCGCGCCAGUGGUAGAAACUGCGGUGCAAACAGAGCUCAAGCUUGACGACGAGGGCGGGAAGCAAGGCGGUAACCAGCUCCAAGAGGAGAACGCCCGGCUCGUGUCUUAUUUGUUGACGGGGACUUCGAGGGAUUUACUUACGCUUUUGAACGGAACGGUUGCUGUUAAUGUUGGAGAGGACGCGAACCCCUGUGGCGAUGAGGAUCGGACGCAGCCUCCGCAAGGCUGUCAUAGUGCUACGCCAUCGCAAUAUUUCCAGGGCUCAUCGGGAAAUUCCUUCAACGACUCGAUGAUGCAGCAAUCGCCGGCUGGAGUACCAUUUUCGCAGAGUGUUUUCUCACAAGUUGCAGGACGUGCAUCUGCCCAAGCCCACGCGUCACUUGUGAGUUUUGCUAUGGAGACAAAAGCUGCGCAAACGACGUUGGCAACCGAUCGUGCACGAGAGCUGUAUGAUGUGAUGGGGAGAAUGCUGGCAGGAGACGUAUCCGCUGUCGCGCUUGCACCUGUGUUUGUGAAGUAUCUCGCGGCGCCGACAGACCUCGAAGUGCCUGUGAUCUGCAGUGUUUUGCGCGUUAUGUACUCGGUGAUACACCACAGCACACACUUCCAGCACUUUCUCCUAGUGGCGUCGUCACCUUCCGAUGAAUCAUCAUCGACUUCUGUCGGACUCCAGAGAGGUGCAAACAACAUGGAGCAUUCACGGAUCGCUUUACCGGGGUUGCGCUUCACCUCGCUGGAUGACUAUUUGUCGGCUCGGACGGACUAUGAAUCGGUUGUACACAGCGAUUUACUACAACUCUCAGCUGUAGAAGUUGCUUCGGAGCAGCGCCAGCUUCGUUACAAGUUGAUGACAGGACUCUGCCGUGUUAUCAAGAACAAUCUUAAGGAACCUGCGGUCGUCAAGGAUGGCCUGUGUGUGCUUUGCUUGUGCGUCGACCUCGGACUUACUCAUCGGCCCGCGUUGACGCCAGACUUCAAGCCCUUGCUGACAACUAAUGUAAUCCCAGCUAUAUUGUUGGCACCUAGGGGCCCUCCUGCAGUCAAGGCACAAGCUGUUGGACUACUCUCUCAGCUGCUGCGUGUGCCAGAAGUAUUUGCUGAAAUCGAGACGGAAUCGAAGAAAUCAUUGGUGUUCAACCGAUGCGCCAAGAUGUUGGCAUCCGAAGAAAAUACAACAUUGGAUGAAGCGAAAAAUAUGCGAACGCUUCAACAUCAGAUUGUCAAGCUGCUGCUAUCGAUCACCACGUCGUUCCCAUCGGUAGGGAUCCGAUUCGUGCUGGAGAGCACCCGUGGUUUUCCCAGUGACUCGGACGGGUAUCGCUCCGUUAUUUAUUAUUUGGUGCAGCUACUGCAUCAGGAGACGUUUGAUCUACGGACAUCAAAUUCUGGUGGAGACUAUUGCGUUGCGCGACAAUUGCAAAAUGAUCCGUUUCGGUUGGAUCUCAUCCAAGAUGCGUUUGCUCUGCUUGGGCUUCUAUCGCGCUACGUGGAUAUUCCGAGCGAGCUCAAUGGCGAUGAUCAGGUCCAAACGUUUCUCGCGGUUUUAUGCUUUCUAAGCAACCUUACUCAAGACGAUGGCAGCGGUGUGCGAAACGACUCGAUUGUGGCAACGGCACGCGCCUUAGUUUCCAUGAUGAACUUACCGGGGCAGUGA